CUGAGACUGACCUGGAUAGCUAUACAGAACAAGCAAUCACACGGAAUAAGCUGCAUAUUACAUUUCAGGAUGACCACAGUGACUCAAAAAUGGUCACAAAUGUUCAGACACCCCUGCAAAAGGAGGAGAACCGAUGUGUGAUACUGCGCAUGGUCAAAAAAUUAAAACUGGCUGGACAUGCGAAGAUUAGUGCUGAUAGCUGGAUGUGUUUAUUUAGACAUUCAAGCAACUACAAUUCCAAGUUAAAAAAGAAAUUCAAGAAUGGCCAUGGCUUUGGCUUAUGCCAGCUUAACAGUGGGCAACAUUGUAAGGAUGGAAAGGCUCCUUCUAAAAAUGUUUGCAAAAUUUCAUGUUCCAAAUUUCUAAAUGAUGAUUUUAAUGAUGACAUUAGAUGCCUUAAGAAGAUUGUGAAAAGCGUUAAAGAUUUAAAUGCAUGGCCGGGUUGGAACAAUCGUUGCAAAGGGAAGAACCACAAGCAAUAUAUAGAGGGAUGCAAACCCUAAAGAAGAUAUAUUAGAUGUUACCUGUUACUAUUCUGAUCAUCCACUUCAUUUAUCUAGUAAACCAGACUACAUCGUGCUGAGGUGUAUAUGAUUCUUCAAUAAACAAA